ACUGACUAGGCCCCAGACCGGGUCACGCUUUGAGCGCCGGGACUGAAAUACUUGUACCUCUUUCUCUUUCAGAGCCGCAGUCAUGGGCCGCCGACCAGCACGUUGUUAUCGAUACUGCAAGAAUAAGCCUUAUCCUAAGUCCCGCUUCUGCAGGGGUGUUCCUGAUCCCAAGAUCAGGAUAUUUGAUCUGGGCAGGAAAAAGGCCAAGGUUGAUGAGUUCCCACUCUGUGGGCACAUGGUGUCAGAUGAAUAUGAGCAAUUGUCAUCAGAAGCUCUAGAAGCUGCUCGUAUCUGUGCCAACAAAUACAUGGUGAAGAGUUGUGGCAAGGACGGUUUUCACAUCCGUGUGCGCCUGCACCCCUUCCAUGUCAUCCGCAUCAACAAAAUGUUAUCAUGUGCUGGAGCUGACAGGCUCCAGACUGGAAUGCGUGGUGCUUUUGGCAAGCCUCAGGGCACUGUGGCCCGUGUCCACAUUGGCCAAGUCAUCAUGUCCAUCCGCACCAAGGUGCAAAACAAGGAGCAUGUUAUUGAAGCGCUGCGCAGAGCCAAAUUCAAAUUUCCCGGACGUCAGAAGAUCCAUAUUUCUAAGAAAUGGGGCUUCACCAAAUUCAAUGCUGAUAUGUUUGAGGAUAUGGUGUCUGAGAAGCGCCUCAUCCCUGACGGCUGUGGAGUUAAAUACAUACCCAACAGGGGUCCUUUAGAUAAAUGGCGUGCCUUGCAUGCAGCAUGAGAGUCUGAUGUAACUAGAGGACCACUGUGCUAAUUUCUUAACAGAAAAGGGCAUCAAAAUAAAGAGCUCCGUGUACCUAC